CCACUGCUUUAGUUCGCACAAGCAGGAGGAGAUUUGCUUGAAGAUAUACCGAAACCUGAACCCGGGCUGGGCUGUUUGCUAGCCCGUACUUCACAGCUGUCAACCUGAGUCGCAAGUAGCAGCUACUGUAAGUAGCUUCUGUGCACUAUGAAGAAUUUUUCAUUUCCUAUGCAGGAUGACACACAUCAGACCGAGAGUCCUUCUCCUCACAGUUUCCUCAGUUUGACAAAUCAGUCAGAUCCUGUUGGAAGACCAGAAAGAAAUGAGCAAUUAGCUCAAGUAGAGAUUGCUGUACUGGGGGUCAUAUUUCUGACAGCGUCUGUGGGCAAUUUUAUUCUCAUACUGGUGCUGUGGCGAAGAAGAAAGAAGCUUUCUAGGAUGUAUGUAUUCAUGCUCCACCUCAGCAUGGCUGACUUAGUGGUAGCCUUUUUUCAAGUGCUGCCUCAACUCAUAUGGGAUAUUACAGACGUUUUCAUAGGGCCAGAUUUCUUGUGCAGAAUUAUCAAGUAUCUGCAAUUGCUGGGCAUGUUUGCCUCUACUUACAUGAUAGUGGUCAUGACAGUGGACAGAUAUCAAGCGGUUUGCUACCCUAUGGUCACUUUCCAAAAGAAGAGAGCUCUCUGGAACGUCCCCAUUUGCACCAGCUGGUCUAUAUCACUGAUUUUUAGCCUUCCACAGGUAUUUAUCUUUUCUAAGACUGAAAUAUCUCCAGGUAUCUUUGAAUGUUGGGGUGAAUUUAUUCAGCCAUGGGGCCCAAGGGCAUAUGUGACGUGGAUUUUUGUAGUUAUAUUCUUCAUUCCCUCAGCAAUCCUUAUUAUGUGCCAGGUUAAGAUUUGCAAAAUAAUCAAAAGAAAUAUAUAUGUGAAAAAACAGAAUGAAUAUGAAGUAACAAAUCAGAAGCAAGUCCUGCCAUCCCGAGCAAGCAGUGUGAACUGUAUUUCAAAGGCUAUGAUCAAGACUGUAAAAAUGACAGUGGUGACGGUUGUUGCAUAUGUUCUCUGUUGGUCACCUUUCUUCAUUGCACAGCUGUGGUCUGUGUGGUUCCCCAGUGUCGUGACCGAAGGUUCGGCAUUCACCAUUAUCAUGCUCCUUGGCAAUUUAAAUAGUUGCACCAACCCAUGGAUUUACAUGUAUUUUUGUGGCCACAUUCCAUAUUGUACAAAUAAGCAGCUGGAGAACACCUCGGCUCAAGAGGAAUCAGUGAUCACAGGGAGCAUUCAUCUCGUAGACAGAGACCCUGAGGAAAACAGUACUUCUGCAUAA